AUUAUUUAUUUUGAACUCACAAUUUCAUCAAAUCAAAUUAACCUCUCUAAUCUCUUAGCACUAUAAAUACAACUCUCUAAUCUCUCAUCUCCUUCCCUCAAAUCACACAAACCCAAAUCAGAACUGAAAAAAAAAAAAAAAAAAACCCAAAAACGCCGUCGUUUGGCAAUGCUCUCUUCUUCUUCAACCUUGUUAAUUCCUCCAUUCCUCUCUUCUUCUUCUUCUUCUCCUUCUCGGCCACUCUCUGCAAUUUCACCACCGUCGUCGUCACGCGUUUCCCGGAUCUCGCCGUCUCUUUCCGCAACCACCGCAUCAUCAUCCUACACUUGCGCAGACGAUCGAUUACGCCGACGUUUUUCAGCGACCGCGUCUCUCUACGAGAUCCUCGAAAUCCCCGCCGGCUCGACGAGUAAAGAGAUCAAAUCGGCUUACCGGCGACUAGCUCGGAUCUGCCAUCCCGAUGUGGCGGGUAAUGGUCGGAACAAUAAUAACUCGUCGGCGGACGAUUUCAUGAAGAUCCACGCCGCGUAUUGUACGCUCUCGGAUCCUGAGAAACGCGCCGUUUAUGAUCGGAGGAUACUUGGUCGGACCCGGCCGUUAACCGUCGGUGUUUCUGGAUUCGCCGGUUACGCCGGACGGAAUUGGGAAACCGAUCAGUGUUGGUAACGAGUGGACUCGGUGGUUGAUGAAACAGUUAAGUUUUAAAAAAGUGCUUCUAAUUGUAAUUAGUGCAAAUCCAGAAAUAAUCGAUUGUAAAUCCUAAAUCUCGAUGAUUAGUUUGCUUAGCUUGGCCAAUCAUAUUCGCCGAUCAGCAGCAGUAGCACCGUCUUACCAUGCCACGUAGGAUAAACGCGCCUUUGCUAAUUCUUUUUUUGUUUGUUUGUUUUCUUCCGAAUUGAUAAAUAGUUUUUCUACAUAUUACAGUAACCAAUAAACAAAAUUUGAUGUUUAAUAAAUGUAACUAUUUGUGUGCA